CUUGUGCAUUUCUUCCCCUGAAAAUUAAAUAAAGCCAAUGUUGCGUGCUCUGGUGCAAUGGACAGCUGAGUAAAACUGGACAACGUUGUGAAAUAAGAAAAGAAUGUGGAUCCCCGGUGUGCAUGGUGUCAUCUGCCAUCCAGUAUCAUGAGACAUCCCAUCCGGCGAGACGAGUCAGCUGAUCGAGGUGCCAGACAGACAUAAACAAGCUGGUGUGCUUGAGGCUGCAUGACCCGUCCUCCACCCGCGGGUUACCGUUGCCCUUACCGUUGAUGAGGUUUCAGGCCUCUCUCCACUGCUAGUAUAGCGCUCAGCGAGGGCCGUCAAUAAUUACGAUGUUAUCCUCGAUAAUAAUCCUCGGUGCACUUAAUUCAAAACGUCGAAGUGAAACUGGAACAUGUCCCUUGAUGCUGAAGCUCAGGAGGAUGAGCUCCUUGCCCUGGCCAGCAUUUAUGAGGAGAGCUUCACAGCCAGCCAGGUGGAGGUGGAGGGGGCAGAGGCGGGAGGUGGCGACCGGGCCCAGGGGGGGGUCCUCGCCAUCCACCUAGACCUGCCCCCAGACUUCACCCUCCUCUCUAGGCUCACCAAAGACACAGGUGAGGUGGAGGAAGAGAGGUACCAAGUGGAGUACCUUCCCCCCAUCCACCUCCACUUCACCUUCCCAGCCACCUACCCGUCCCAGCACCCACCUUGCUUCAUGCUCUCCUGCAAGUGGCUCAACAGGGCGCAGCUGACUAAGCUGCGCCAGAAGCUGGAUUCCUUGUGGGAGGAGAACGAGGGCUCGGUGAUCACCUUCACUUGGGCUCAGUUCCUGAAGGAGGAGGCCAUGGACUACUUAUACCUCACCGACACACUAGACCUGGACUCUAUUAAGCCCAGCUGUGUGUUUCCCAGCAUGCCAAACACCUGUGGCCUUGUGACGGACGUGAGCCAAGAGCAUUGCGGUGCUGCCUGUGACCCCUGUGGCGAGGAUUGUGAUAUUAGUGAUAGUUGUACUAGCAAUAGUGACGGUGCUACGGCGGGCAUGAGUGUAGUGGUUAACGGACAGAGUGGCUAUGACAGCAGGGCAGUGCAAGACAUUGGACCCAAAACAAAAGUGCUGCACCUGCUGAAGGAAUACAAUGAGGACACACGAAGGAAAGUGUUCAAGUCAAAGAUGUUUGAGUGCAAGGUGUGUUUCCUGGACAAGCUGGGAGCCAACUGCCUCGAGUUCUGGCCCUGCAGGCACGUGUACUGCAAGGACUGCAUGGCCUCUUUCUUCUCGGUCCAGAUCAGCGAAGGCAACAUCAAGUUCCUCAGGUGCCCGGAGGAAAAGUGUGAUUCCGAAGCCAACCCAAAACAAGUUCAGGAGGUUGUUUCAGUAGACCUGUACAAUCGCUGGGAUGAAAUGCUGCUCAAUUCAACCCUGUCAUCCCUGGGUGACAUUCAGCCGUGUCCUCGCAUCCACUGCCAGUACCCAGUCGCUGUCGAGGAGAGGAGGGGCCAGUGUCCUUCAUGCAAGUUUGUCUUCUGUGGAAUCUGCUGCUUUAGUUGGCAUGGUGUUAACCCUUGCCGCCUGAGGCACAGCGAGUCUAAGAAAAUCAUGGAAAUCUACAUCAACGGCACCGAAGACGAAAAGAAGGUUCUCGAGAAUCAGUACGGCAAGAAAUAUCUGUGCGGUCUGAGGGACGAAUUCCUUUCACUUUGCUACUUGGAAGAGAAUUCGAAGAGGUGUCCCAAAUGCCUUAUUAAGAUAGAGAAACGCGAUGGCUGCAACAAGAUGACCUGCCAGCACUGCAGCAUCAACUUCUGCUGGCUGUGUAUGAUGAUCCUGAACCUCAGAGACCCUUACAGCCACUUCAGUGACCGCAACUUUCCGUGCUACAACCAGCUCUUCCACGGAGCGUACCAGGACAACGAGGAUUACAUGUCAGAGGAGGAGGAUGAGGUUUGAGGUGCUAGAAACAAGGAAAGAGAUGUCUAUACUCUGUUCAUGUUAGUGUCAAAUAUUAUCCUUCCUUACCCAUGCCAGCCCAGUGACCAGAUGACCAAUUUUUGUUUUAAUUAUAUGGCAGGACAGAGCUGUUCAUUUCCUCUCAGUGCUGUGUGGGAAAUGUCUUGAACUACAUUUGGUUCAGUUGAAGUUUUCUGAAUAUGAACAUGGAGUACAUAAGGUGUGUCGUGUGUCUUGUGUGGUGGUGUCCUGUAAAGUGUGGCGAGGCAGAGCUGCGUAGUCGUAGUCACCAAACUCUGUCGAUAAAGGAAAGGCGACAGUAUUCUUUUUCUUGAAAAAUAUAACAAUUUUUGUGUACAUAGUCACUCUGAUGGAAUAUAGGAGAUUUAUUUUUCAUAAUAAACUAUUUCAUUUGUGGUGAUGUCUGCAUAAUACUUUAUCUAAAAAGUAGUUUAAAAAAAAUAAUUCAUUCAUGUUCUUUCUAUUUGUGAAGGCAACUGAUGAUGAAUGUUUGGUUAACUUGAUAUAUUAUUAAUGAUACUGGGUAUAUAUUAGCAGCUUACUUCUCUAUGCAAUGGGGUAAUUAUAUUUUGUAUGUGUGACAUUAUUUUUAAUAGCAAGGAUGAAGUGAGGGCUGGUAGUAUCGAAGAGUUGGGUGAAGUUCAGAGUUAAGUGAAGUUUGAGUAUAUUUUUAGAGUUUUAUUCAGAAUUUGGUGAAGUUUUGGCACUUUUUUUUUUAAGAGUUUGGUUUAGAACAAGGGAUGCUUUGGUUCGGCGUGCCCUUAAUAGGACUCUAGAAGGCACUCCUGCGGAAUAUACUUAUAAUUAUAUCAAGGGCAGACUAAAACUCUACACACAGAGCUCAAUUGACUCUGACAUUGCCAGCUGCUAUGAGAGGGGUAGUCCAAGCUCUAUCCACUAUGUCCAUGUUUCACAAGACACCAAUGCCACCUACGGUAGAAAGAGUGCCUUAUAUGAUCUUGUUGUAAUGCGUCUUAAACUAGGGUAUAAAUACUACUGGGAGGUGAGUGAUGCCCCACCCAAGUCUUGUGCUCUGUGCGCCAGGCCGGGAGGUCACACUCUACAACAUUAUGCCCUUGAGUGUCCUGCCAUAGCCUGUUACCAUCCACAGGGUUUAAGUGAUGUGCCUUCCCUUGUUGCCUGGUUCAUUAAUCAUAACGUACAUUGUAGCUGCCAUUAUUAAAGAGUACCCAAAGUUUGCUGCCAGGUGAUAAUCUAGGUAACUGCAUGUGUACCUACUCAGGAAUAUUAUCAGUAUUUACAUUCUAAUUCCUUUUUCUGUUAACUAACCUCAACUUGUGUUUAUAUUUUUGUACAAUGCAAUUUUUUUUUUUUUUUUAACUAGCCUAGUCAGGGGUUUGUCUGCAAGACCAGCCGUCCCCCUUUUUGUAUUUUACAACAAUAAAUAUUUCAAUUCAAUUCAAAUAGAGUUUGGUUUAGAAUUUAAUAAAGCAAUGGAGGAUAUUUUUAGAGUUUAGAAUUUAAUGAAGUUGUGGAGCAAUUUUUUAGAGUUUGGUUCAGAAUCCAAUGAAGUAAUGGAACUUUUUUUUUAGUUUAGAAUUUAAUAAAGUACUGGAGCAAUUUUUUUAGAGUUUAGUUAAGAAUUUUGUGAAGUUUAGGAGGAAGUAAUGAAGUGAGGACAGAAUUAGAGGCCAUGGCA